AUGAGCGGGCCGUCCAUGACGUGCUGGCGAGCUGGGGCGGCCGAAGUGACGUGGCCACUUCGCUAUGGCAGGACGCCUACCACGCCAGUCUGUCUCGCCUCUGGUGAUGAAGUGCUCGGCUCCAGUAGCGUCAGACUGGGGCCUCCUUGUGGUCACGAGGUGUUUGUGGAAAUGCCACAAUGCUGCUGCACGUGUGUUGCAGUCAAAGAGGGGAGAGUGUACCAUACCAACCGGAUGCUCAGCUUCUACGCCCCCGGUGAGCCUCCCCCAUUUGCUGAUUCUAAAACUGCUCAACCUUUUCAGAUCACCGAAGACUUCUCGACAAGUUGGUGUUGUAUGGCCUGGUUGAGCUCAAGGUUAACGGAGACAACAAUUGUCAGUUUGGGGCAUUGUCUGAUCCAUUUUACCGAACUCCUGAACACCAUAGAUUUGUGUGGCAACAGGUGGUCAAUCAGCAGCACAGCCGUAUGUACAAGAAGCAGAGCGCAUCAGUUCAUGCUCGAGCCCCGAAGAAGGUAG